AGCUACUACAUAGUACAUGUAAUUCCUUUCCCAUGUCUGAAGGCGAAGAACAAGUAUUAUACAAGAAACGUCGCCUGCAAAAUUCAUGCGACCACUGUAAAAUCAGGAAACAGCGAUGUGAUAGCGCCAGUAGACCCGGUAACAUUUGUUCUUCAUGUAUUGCAUUCCAAGUUGAAUGUACCCAUCUCGCUGCUUCGGCCAGAAAGAAGCGCGGUCCACCAAAGGGUACGCCCCGAGGCCAACGAUCGGCAAAAUCUGUAGUCAGCUCCAUCCUCUCAGGUACAUACCAACCUCCGACUGAACCUGCAGCAAUCAACAAGCUCCUCUUCCACCUCGCGGAACACAUUCAAACCCUAGAUGAAGAAAUUUCCGCACUUCGCCUGCGGCUCAGUCAACUGACGACUAGCACCUCCUCCACUCUUUCGGUAUUUUCUCCUACACAAGAUUCCACCAGUCGGUUUUCCCCUGAAGAAACUCUUCUUGCUGUCAACCGACUACAACUUGUCUCCAAUCCACCUCCAGGAUCAUAUUUAGACUCAGACGUCCAUGCCAUUGAAGGACUCAGUGAACACCUCCAACGUCUUACAUUUGCAAACGCAAAGGAUCGUCAUUUCGGCGGAUCCAGCAGUCUUAUGUUGGUCAAAACUGCUAUAGACAUCAAGAACGAGUAUUCAAACUCUUCCAUUUCAUCGUCAAAUGAGGAUUCUUCAAAAGAACAAAACGACUACGAAGGUGUAGAUUCAGAUUACAAACGACCAGAGUUCUGGAUUAUACAUCCGUGGCAAAAUCUUCCUGAAGAUGAUACACCACCUUUUGUUUUUCCUGAUGCGGACCUUAUCAACUCUCUUGCUUCUUUGUAUUUUACUCACGUAAACGCCUACUUCCCAAUCCUCCAUGAACCCUUGUUUCUCCGGUCUAUAUCUCUAGAUCUUCAUCGUGAGGAUAGGAAUUUUGGUGCGCUCGUGCUGGCAGUGUGUUCAUUGGGCGCUAGAUUUUCUCAUGAUGAGAGGAUCUAUGAGGACGGGGUUAAUCAAAGUCAUGAAAUGGGCUCAACUCAUGGUGCUAGUGAACAGUCGAUCGGAUGGAAAUGGAUUCGACAGAUUCAACCAGUGAGACGAACGUUCACAGCACCUCCAAGUCUGUAUGAAAUACAAUUAUAUCAGAUUUAUGUCUUCUUUAUGCAAUCAAGUUCCACCCCUGAAAUAUGUUGGAUCCUUGUUUCUAUUGGAGUGCGUUUCGCUCAAGAUGUCGGUGCUCAUCGGAAAAAACAACAUGAUGCAAAACCCACAGUAGAGAGUGAACUAUGGAAACGCGCUUUCUGGAUGCUAUAUGUAAUGGAUAUUUUUACGAGCGCGUUUUUGGGAAGACCAAGAAGUAUUGGGAUAGAAGAUUUUGACAUAGAUCUUCCAAUAGACUGCGACGAUGAAUAUUGGGAAAACCCGGAUAAUCCUGACCAAGCAUUUCAACAACCUCCUGGAAAACCGUCUCGAGUAUCAUAUGUAGUACGUUUGAUCAAACUAAUGGAUAUACUUGGUCUGGCGAUGCGUACAAUUUACUCGAUACGGAGGUCAGAUAUGUGGACAACAAUGGGACUGACAGCGCUUCAAUGGAACGAGAAGACUGUGGCAGAACUGGAUUCAUCGUUGAACAAAUGGAUCGAUGAGCUUCCCCAACAUCUUCGUUGGGACCCCAGCAGAGAAGAUUCUGAACAUUUUCGCCAAUCAGUCAUGCUAUACACAACAUACUAUUGGGUGCAAAUACAAAUUCACAGACCUUUUAUUGCUCGUCCAGGGGAGGACUCAGUCCUCAGUUUUCCUUCACUAGCUAUAUGUGCCAAUGCGGCGAGGUCGUGCUGUCACGUUAUGGAGGUUCAACGAAGACGGAAUGCAGGACUUCUUGCCAUGCCAAAUCUCUUGAUGGCGUUAUUCAAUGCCUCGAUAGUGCUGUUAGUCAAUGUUUGGCGGGGACGUAGGUUGAGAGGGACAGGAAGAGACGUGAGGAAAGAGCUGGUGGAUGUUUAUCGAUGCAUCGAUUUAUUAAGUCUGCAUGAAAAUCGAUGGCAGCAAGCAGGCCGUUUCCAUGACAUCCUGAGAGAGAUUAUAGCUAUCAGUCAUUUUCACGACGACCAGUGUCCUCCAGACACAGGGCCGUGUUCGAUGAAACGAUCUCUGGAAGCUGCUUCAGACGAUACAACAGAAGACAGUUCCAGUGUCCGGGCUCGUGGUAGCAACACCCCAGAGGAGUACUGUGACCGCCAAAUCUCAAGCGACCACAACUCAAUGGAUACAGCAACAUUACCUCGCUGGAUGCAAUCUCCACCAUUCCAGUCAUCCGGCACGCAUAAUGACACCGAUUUUGAAAGCAUGUCCUUGUUGCCUACACAUAGUUCAGAACUCGGGAGCCUACCCAUAUACGAAUCCUUUACUGAUUGGUCUAUGGAUGAGCAAUGGUCCUUCGACGCUGGUACUUCAUCGUCCAACUCUCAACAAACACGGUCAAAUGCUGAUCCUCAUAUCCACGCAUCGAUGACAAUGCAAACCCAAUCUGCAACCUCUCUAUUGCACAAUCGAUCCUCAACUUACUCGCCCACAUUGGUGUUCGAUAGCCUGAAUACAACCUCUUUAGAAAUUGAAAGCCGUGCCACUUUUACCGCUCCUUUAUUCUCACCGGCAGGUGGCUCUGCGAUUUCUCAAGAUGUUACAGGGACUGUAUCAGACAACGCCGACGUACUUAGAAAUCAAGAUACAAAUCCGAACGAUCCCGGCUGGGAUGAUUGGGGUGCAUAUAUGGCCAAUGUCGAUGAGGUACUGCAAAGUAUGAACCCUCGCUUAUAAAGCCAGGUCAAAAAUGCGAGCCGUGGCUCCGUUGGACUUUUACUAAACUUUUACCAUUAAGGCUUGCAAUGUGUGGCCAGAUAGCUGGCUAACCGGUUUGGGAGUUGUAGGACCUCGCAGGAGAAUUUAAGACGAGAUCCUGAAAAACCCUCAAUAAACCUAUGUAAACGUUCCAUAGUUAUAGUAUUAAUAUGCGUAGUUUUACACCCACAGUGACUCACUCUUGCUUCAAAAUUGAC